AUCAAGAUCAAGAGGCACACUUCAUCCAAAUUUGGAAAAAGAUCAAACCAGUAAAAGCAAGCAUUCGUGCAGAAAACCAGUGUACAAAACUCUCACACCAGACUCAACAACUCGCAUAUUAUUAUUAAUAUAAAAUAUAAAUCCAAUUCCAUUUCCAAACCCAUAAUCAUUUUCCCUUUUGUUACAAGUUUUAGUUUUUAUUUCUAUUUUUUUUUUUUUUUUCUGGAAUAAUAUGCUGAGAGCAAUACAGAAUUUGGGUUGUAGUUCAUCUGGGUGGUUACUUUGGAAACCUCGUACCAGUACCAGUGGUGGGUUCUCCUUCAUUUCUGUCUCUACUAGACCAUUUUCAUUUUCUUCAUCUUCAUCUUCUACAAGAGUAGCAAGAACAAACAACUGUUCGUUUUUGCAUGAGUUUUCAGCUUGCAAGACUCCUUCUUUCAGAAGAUUUCGUGCUCGUUCCGAGUCAAACCCAGAUGCAGCUUCCGCUUCUUCAUCAGCAUCGGUUGCUUCUCAGUCUUCUUCAUUUGGAAAUGUUCGUAAGAUCAGUUUCUGUCAGUGGUGUGGUGGCCCAACAAAGCACGAGAUACCUUCUGGAGAGGAGAAGAUGAGAGCUAUUUGCACAGUUUGUGGGAAGAUUGCCUAUCAGAACCCAAAAAUGGUUGUGGGUUGCCUCAUUGAGCAUGAUAACAAGGUCCUACUUUGCAAGCGGAAGAUUCAACCAUCUUAUGGUCUUUGGACUCUUCCUGCUGGUUACAUGGAAAUAGGGGAAUCUGCUGCAGAAGGGGCAAUCAGGGAAACCUGGGAAGAAGCAAAUGCAGAAGUGGAAGGGCUGUCUCCUUUUGCUCAGUUGGAUAUUCCUCUUAUUGGCCAAACUUACAUAAUAUUCUUGGCAAAGCUCAAGAAGCCCCAGUUCUCACCAGGUCCAGAAUCGUCAGAAUGCCAGCUUUUUGCCCUCAAUGAUAUACCUUUUAAUUCCCUGGCAUUCUCAUCAAUGUUUGUUACCUUGAAUUUGUAUAUUGAAGAUGUUAAAGCUGGAAAACCAAAAUUCCACUAUGGUACAAUCAAAAAGAGGCCUGGCACAAGUCCUUCUGAUAUUCGUGCUUUUACUCUUGAUUAUCAUCUACAAUCCUGACAAGAUGGGCCUGGUUCACAUUUGAAACUAGGAACUAAAAGAAACUUACUAUUCUAGUUGGAUAAUGUUCCUGGAAUCCGGUAUAGUCACUGUAUAUCUUUGGACUCUCAAAAUCCAUUCAUCUCAUGUGAAUUCAACAUCAAACCUUGAUAUCAAUCCAUGAUGUUGGAUGAUCUGACACACAAUUGUGGAGGUGAAAAUUCAGCAUGUUGUGGAAGAGAAUGUAAAUCGAUUAGGUUGAACUGCAUGAUUGGAUUGUCUUUACAAGGAAGAUCCAAAUUUUCUUAGAAUAGGAUCUGGUGGGAAAUCUUGUAAACAUGAACUGAAAUUCAAAAAGAUAAUUGGAAUAUUUUACAGCAACUUCAAAUGAGCACUUGCCUAGUGUUUUCAAACUA